AUGCCUCAAACAGCCACCAGCGCACGGUACUCAAGUGCUCCCGGGACCGGCAUUCGUAUACGAGCCUAUAUCGACAUUGCCGACUUCAACCUCUCGACACCUGGGCCGUCUCCGGACUUCAUCUCGGACUCCAACGCAAGACUCAAUGAUUGCUUUCGUUGCCUUCGGCUGCCUACAUUCUGGCUAACCUCAAUGAGUCGGACGGGGUAUAUCAGGAACGAGACCUCCCCGUAUCAUGAGGCAUUCUACGAUAUUGAUGCAGAAGCGGGACAAGUUAAAAAACUUAUGGAGAUAUUAUCGCAGAUUGAUACUUUAAAGCUGAAAGAGGCUCACCUCGUCGCUCUGGUCCUAUACCAAGUCAAGCCGGACAUGGCUCAGACCAGACCUUGCGCAAACUCCGACCUCCCGCUCGCGAUCGCGGUAAAUCGCAAGGCUUGUACGAAGUACGGCCUCCUUGCUCUCAAUCACUUUGCAAAUAAUGCGCAGCACUCAAAUGCCAUUCGAGUCGACAAUAAGAUACUCCCAGCUCCCCAGCCUCUCAGUCCGCCUACUCCUUCCCGGAAACGCUAUCCUAGGACGGAUCUUGUGAACAAGACGCCACUGGUUCGGGAUGGUGCGGCCGCUGCAGGCAAGGCCUCGAAGACAGCGUAG